AUGUUCAAAAUUCAAAUACGAUCGCCGGGCGGCUUGGACAAUAAAUCGAACACUACGUUCGAUGCAUCAUGGAAGAUACUAAAGGACGCUAUAAAAUUAAUAUUUGAUGGCCGAGUUAGUGAAUUAUCGUUUCAGACUUUAUUCCACGCUGUCUAUUGCAUAACCUUACGAAGACAGGGGGAGAAGCUUUAUGAAGAAUUACACCACACCAUCGAACGGAGGCUUCAGGAUAUCACACGGACCCAUUUACAUUCUGAGUCCGAAUCCUACUUACGAGACAUUUUAUCGAUCUGGUAUAAUCACUGCGAAAGUCUUCGGCUUAUAAGUAAUGUGACAAUGUACCUGGAUAAGGUAUAUUGUAAAGAAAAUCGCAAGCCACCAAUUUAUCAUAUGGGUUUAGACCUCUUUCGCGAUAUAAUUUUAAAAUCGUCAAAGGACCAACUUCAGGACCUGAUGAUUCAAAACAUCAAUGCAGCUCGUUCGAAGGCUUCGCAGGUAGAUUUCGAUAGCCUGAGAAGCUUAGUAGAAAUGAUGGAAACAAUCACAGACGAGGAUAGCACAUAUUACGCAACUGAAUUUGAGCCUUUUCUUCUUCACGAAACUCAAGAAUAUUAUAGGAGUCAUGCUAAGUAUUACAGUGGUGACCUUACGGCAUAUCCACAGGAAGUCGAAUCACUCUUAUGUGGUGAACGCAGAUUAGAUGCUAAGUUUCUGAACAGUGAUGUAUCCAUUAAAAUUGCUAAAGUGGUAGAAGAAAUCAUGAUAUCCGAAAAUAUACAUAUUGUGGCCAUGGAAGUCGUGCCAGAAAUUUUGAGGACUGAACAAUACUCAUCACUAAGGUUGUUAUUUGGGCAAUGUCAAAUUCAAAACGACAGGAAAAAGCUUUGGAAGCAAUGUUCUCAAUAUAUUGUUGGAGAAGGGUUGGCAAUUGCUGAGGACCUAAACUUGAAGAAAAAGACACAGGUUGCGGUCAAGUGGAUGCAAGAGAUGAUUGCGCUGAAGGAAAAGUACGAAGUUGUGUUUAAGAGCCAAGAGGAUGAUGACUUGAAUGGUUUGCAAGCAGUCAACGAGGCAUUAUCUGUGUGCUUUAAUCAGAACAGCAGAAAAACCGCCGAAAAUUUGGCGAUUUAUCUUGAUUCGAUGCUCCGGGCUCCCUCAACAUCUGAGGAAUCGUUCAAAAAACAUAUCGAUGACUGCAUAGCAGUCUUUAAGCUCCUUAAGGACAAAGAUUUUUUCGAAAAACUGUAUCAGCAACAAAUGUCAAAGCGACUUUUACAGCAGCGCUCCUCCUUGAAGUUUGAAAAAAUGUUUGUGAACAGAAUGCGCGAAGAAGUGGGUGCCGUGUUCGCUCAGAAGCCUGACGGUAUGUUUAGAGAUAUUGCCUUGUCUCAAACCAAUAACACAAGAUUCCAUCAAGCAUAUCACGUUCCUGUGGAAUACGAGAUGAAUGUGCUCACCCCGACCUGCUGGCCGUUCCAGCAAAUGAGUAAUGAAGAAGAUGUAGUUCUUCCAAGUGCUCUUGAGGCCUUAAAACUUGAUUUUGAAAACCAUUAUAUGAAAACCUAUAGUGGUAGAGUCUUGAAAUGGGCCUAUCAUCUCGGUUCUAUGGAUAUCGGGAUUCAAUUUUCAAAGAGCUACCAUAUAAUCACUAUGCCUGUCUUUGCGGCAAUCAUCCUUAUGCUAUUUGAAGACUAUGUGGAGUUGACAGCCCAAGAAAUAGGUGACCUUACGCACAUUGAAGAAAAAGAGCUGAUUAGGAACUUGUUAACGAUCGCUGUUGCACCGAAAACCCGCCUGCUGAAAAAACAGCCUAUGAACAAAAAAAUACUCCCUUCUGACAAAUUUCGGUUAAAUUACUCAUUCUCGGCACCAUCCACCAAGGUGAAAGUGCUUGCUGUGCUCUCUAAACAAGAUUCUGACUCACAAGGAGUAAUGCGCACCAAUAAUACCUUACAUGACGUUGCAAUGGAACGGCAAGGAUGCACAGAGGCAGCUGUCGUAAGACUAAUGAAAGGCGCAAGUAAAAUGUAUUGCGACAUGCUCUUUGAAGAGACACGAAAAAUUCUGUGCCACAGGUUUGAUGUAACCCCAGAUUUAUUUCAGGCCAGUUUAGAGAGGCUGGUGGAGCGGGAAUACUUGCAGCGCGAUUCUGAAGAAAGUUCCUUUUACCAUUAUUUACCAUGA